GGUGUGAGCCACCGUGCCUAGCCACCAGUUUGAAGAAUUUUUAAAUUAUCGUUAAAAGGAUUUAAUCAUUAAGCAUGUAUGCAGACUAUGUGUCUUCGUUUCAGUCACCACUGACAAGUUGUACAAAAGUACAGUACAUUUGUCAGUUGACAGUAUAUUCCACAUUAUUGAAAACAUUUUAUUGUAAAAUGUCUGCUUUUCUAUACAAGAAUACAUUUGGUCCAAUAAAAUGCUAGCAUUUCUUAUAAAGUACGACUUUUUAUGCUAAAUAAAAUUAUUAUAUUUUUUUCAACACAUAUUUUUUGUUAUACUGUUAUCACAACACAAAAGCAGUACCUUGGAAUCUCUGAACAAUAUUUAUCCUGGAGAAGAUACUUGUUGAUAAUUUUCAUGGAAAUAUCUGAGAGAAAUAGUUCUUUUCCUUGUGUGUUGAGAAGUCAGUAAUGUAGCUACAAUUUUAGAAUGUUAGGCACAAAGUCAUUCUAAAUUCCUGUUUUUACAGUGUAUUGAUUUUAUUUAUUUGUUUGCCCUUUAAGAUACCAAUUAUAGGUGAUGAAGCAGAAAAAUUGUAUGACUUUAUCUUAUGAUAAAACUUUCUUUAGAAAGUUUUGUAUAAAAUACCAAUACCAAACUAGUCUCUUGUAAAAUACUUUCUACAAAUUGAAAAUCUCUAUCUCCUUACAUUGUGUUUUAAACCUUUAUUCCAGAUAUAGGAACCAUUUUUCUUUUAAUGAUCCCUGAAAAGAUAAAUCAAGGGGUGAAUUAAAAAAAAAGGCAAACAGUCUUUAGUCAUAAUAUUCAUUAAGAGCUCUAAGCCUUAUGUCUUUUCCUUAAAUUAUUGCUUAGCUUUUGCAAGGCUUGUAGGUGCUGAGGAUUAAAAUAUAGAAAAGACAUUCUUUAUUGAGAUUCCAGACUACCAAGAGACAAAUAUGACAAAUGUUUAAACAAGUGAAGGAUUGGUACCAAUUGCGUUCUGUAUGGGAUAGCUAUUGUAACUGAACAAAUUAGUAGAUGGUAGUUCUCUUGAUUGCAGUGACUCAUCCCAAGCAUAUUCUUCUUAACUUUUAGGUUUGGUUUUUUUAUUGUAUUUUGUAUUUUUGUAAUUCUUUUAGUCUGUAGAUAGCUCAAAAUAUUGUCAUACUCUUGUGAUAGAUGUUGCAUAUUUGCAGCAUUCAAGGGAAUCAGACUAUCUGUUGGUUAUUUGGCAGUUCCUUUUGGACUUUACUUUUUUGGUAUUUAAAAAAUAUAAGCAUACUUCUUUGGCCUGUUUGCUAGAUAUUUGUCUCUUCAGUAUAUAGAACAUUCAGAUAAAAUAUAUACAUUUUAACGACACUUUGGAAGGUUUCCGAAUGGCUAAUUAAAUACAAAUAGUCUUCAACCUGUAAUUUCACUUCUACUUUAAGUGUUAAAAAUUCCUGAAUAUAAUAUGUUUUGUAAUACAGACAUGUAAAACUAAAUUACAAAGAGGUAAAUAUCUGAAAAAAAGUAGAAAACUUUAAAUAUAACCCUUGAUUUUGUGUUAACAUAAAAUGAAGUUGGGGAACACAUUCCCAUACAUUACUAGAGUUGGGAAAAUAUAGCCCAUAUGGUUGCUAAAACUCCAACUCAUUACUUAAAUUGGAGUAAUUUGAAGAAAUUAAUAAUAUUCAUAAAUAUUCACAUUUUUAAAGUGACAUCUGCAGGUGUGAGUAAAAACAAUCAGAUUUGUAAAAUUUGGAAGUAAUGUCGUCUGUCUGUUCUUUUCAUUAUCACCAAGAAUAUUCCAGAUUGAGUUGGGAAUAGGAGUAAAUGAGUUUAAUUUUGAAAGCCUACUUGCAAUCGAAUAUCCUUUGUAGCUAUUGUUGCCAAGUACUUUGAAAGUUAAAUUUCUACAGAUCUAGGCAUGAAUAACAUAUAUUUCUUAUGUUGUAGACCUAAUAAGACAGACUAUAGGUAACCCAUGGUUUUUAUAUUUGUUUUAUAGUCCUGCUGGAUUAAAAUAUUAUUGUAAUACUUCAAGAAAUAGACUAAUAAAGAUUUUUACACUCAUUAUUUAGGAAUUAUCAGGCCUUUUGGAAACAGUAUAUGGAAACUGGCCAUUGUUGAGUGGUUGUGCUAUGCAAUUUUGCUACCAUUUUGAAUUAGUAUAAAAAUGAGUGGCAGUUAUAAUUUUUAUUUCGUCUUUGAAAUAUUAUUCUUUUACACAUCCUUAUAACCUUUAUUUUUUAGGAGAGAGUAAUGACAAAAAAAUCUCUAUUGAAAUAAGUUUAAUAACUAAAAUAUUUCCUAGCUUUCAGCUUAUAUGGAAAAGUUGCUGUGAAGCCACCUAUAAAUCCAUUUACUGAAUUUAUGGAGAAGCCUAUAAAUGAUGGAAGUCAUUCAGAAGAACUCUUUUCACAUCUUAAAACUAUGUCAGAGAAAGAAGAUUUACCGCGGUGUACCAGUGAAAGUCAUCUCAGCUGCCUGAAGCAGGACAUCCUAAAUGAAAAGACUGAACUGGAAGCAACACUUAAGGAAGCAGAGUUGGUAACUCAUUCUGUAGAGUUACUUUUGCCAUUAUUUAAGGACACCAUUGAAGAGAUUAAUUUUGAAAAUGCUAAUCUUUCUGCAUUGAAUUUGAAGAAGAUUUCCGAACAGAAGGAAAUAUUAACAAAAGAAUUAGAUACCUUCAAAAAUGUAAAACUAGCUUUAGAACAUCUUCUUAGAAAGAGAGACUACAAACAAACAGGAAACAAUUUACCCAGCAUGUUGCUAGAAAAUCUAACUGAUGAUGAAAGUGAAAAUGCUAAUCUUAAGAAGAAGGUAUUUGAAAAGGAGGCCCAUAUCCAAGAACUUUCUUGUUUGUUUCAGAAUGAAAAGGCAAAUACUUUGAAAGCAAACCGUUUUUCUCAAUCAGUAAAAGUAGUACAUGAACGACUACAGUUCCAAAUCCAUAAAAAGGAAGCCGAGAAUGAUAAGUUGAAAGAAUAUGUGAAGAGCUUAGAAACCAAGAUAGCCAAGUGGAACCUGCAACUGAGAAUGAAUAAGAAUGAGGCUGUAGUGAUGAAAGAAGAAAGCAGGCAAAAAACUGUAGCUUUAAAAAAGGCAUCUAAAGUUUACAAACAAAGGCUUGACCAUUUUACAGGAGCUAUUGAAAAGCUUACUUCCCAAAUUAGAGAUCAGGAAGUCAAGUUGUCUGAAACAAUUUCAGCUUCCAAUGCCUGGAAAAGUCAUUAUGAGAAAAUUGUAAUAGAAAAAACUGAAUUGGAAGUACAGAUUGAAACCAUGAAAAAGCAAAUCAUUAAUCUUUUGGAAGAUUUGAAGAAAAUGGAAGACCAUGGAAAAAAUUCAUGUGAAGAAAUUCUUAGAAAAAUUCACUCAAUUGAAUAUGAAAAUGAAACUCUGAAUCUUCAGAAUACAAAAUUAAAGGUGCGGUUAAAUGCUUUUUUAAAAGAUUGCUUUUCUGAAGGAAACUGGGGAUACAUCCAAAUAUAUUUUACUCUUUCUAAACCCUUAUUUCGCUAUAUGUCUAAAAUGUCAUGUGCUGGAAAAAGAAUUUUCUCCAUUACUACACUUGCUUCUUUGAAGGAUGAAGUUGUUUCUGUUGAAAAUGAACUACUAGAAUUGCAAGAAGUAGAAAAAAACCAGAAAACCCUUAUUGAAAUGUAUAAAACUCAGGUACAAAAGUUGCAAGAAACAGCUGAAAUAGUAAAAAACAGAUGUGAAAAUUUGCUACGUAAAAAUAACCAAAUAACAAAAACCAAAAAUAAAAAUGUAGAGAAGAUGAGAGGCCAGAUGGAGUCUCAUCUGAAGGAGUUAGAGCAUGUCGGCGAUUCCUUGAUGGCGGCCAAACGGAGGCUUCACGAGUGUCAGGAGAGUCUGCAGUGCUGCAAGGGGAAAUGUGCAGACCAGGAACACACCAUUAGGGAGCUUCAGGGCCAGGUUGAUGGAAAUCACAAUCUUCUGAUGAAGCUUUCUCUGGAAGAGGAAAACUAUCUUAUUCAGCUGAAGUGUGAAAACCUCCAACAAAAAUUAGAACAGAUGGAUGCAGAAAAUAAAGAGCUUGAGAAGAAGCUGGCAAACCAAGAAGAAUGUCUUAAGCACAGCCAUCUUAAGUUUAAAGAGAAAUCUGCAGAAUAUACAGCAUUGGCCAGACAACUGGAAGCUGCUUUAGAAGAAGGAAGACAAAAGGUUGCUGAAGAAAUAGAGAAAAUGUCAUCUAGAGAGAGGGCUUUACAAAUUAAAAUAGUAGAUCUGGAAAAUGAGCUUAGAAAGAAAAAUGAAGAACAAAAUCAACUUGUUUGCAAAAUGAACAGUAGAGCACAACAUCAGGAAGUGUGUUUGAAAGAAAUACAAAAUAGUCUUGAGAAGUCAGAAAAUCAAAAUGAGAGUAUUAAGAAUUAUUUACAGUUUCUUAAAACUUCUUAUGUAACAAUGUUUGAAUAAAUUGUCAAAUUUAUUUUCUUUAAGUAGAUUUUUAUUGAGUCUAAAAUGUGAUUAGGUAAAAAAAAAAUAUACUACCAGUUUUUAUAUUUUAUGAUUUAUGGGUAAUGGAAUUAGAGUUUUUAUGUAAAGAUUUUUGAAACAUAAUUUAUCUAACUGAAACAUUAAAAUAGGAUAGUUAUUACUAUUCCUUUUUUGCUGGAUAAUUCUAUUUAUCUCUGGUUUAAUUUUCUUUUUAAAUUAUAUUGGUUUUUAGAGGAUUUUUUUUCACACACACACACACAGAAGUCAGAUUUUUUGUGAUGUCUGUAGACACCAUUCAAGUGAAUUUGUAGUAAAUCUUCGUCAGUAUGAUUUUAAAUAAUAUAUAUAAUUAUUUUAUAUUGUAGUGAUAUAUAAAUAUAAUGGAAAAUAUUCUGAAUUUUAAUUUUUAAUAAUGGUGUAAUUAUAUACUUUCUAAAGAUACUAAAUGUCUCAAUAUACUAAAUAUUGUUUCAAGUAUAUGCUGAUUUGUUAGGUUUUAAGUAUACAAUUUUAAGUCAUAGCUAUUAAAUACCAACUGCUAAUGACACAUGAAAACGUUAUGCAUUGUUUCUUUAUAAAGAACGGACAUUCA